AUGGAACCCUCGGUGCACGAAGCUAUCUAUCAAUGGCACGAGGGAGUUGAAGACCUCGAGGACUAUAGUCCAGGCGGGUUACAUCCUGUCCACUUGGACGAGACUUACCAUGGUGGGCGAUAUCGUAUCGUGCACAAGCUGGGCUUUGGAAGCUUCUCUACCGUGUGGCUGGCCUGGGACACGCUACGGCACAAGUUCGCUGCUCUUAAAAUUCUAAGAGCUGAUGUAUCCCAGAAAAACACAGAGAGUGUGAUUUUGGCCCGCCUUGCCGCUGGCCAAGCUGAACAUCCCGGGCGCAGUUAUACCACAACAUUAGUAGACAGCUUUUUUAUCGCAGGUCCCAAUGGUCGUCAUCAAACAAUCGUUACCGAGGCGGCUGGGUUCAGUGUUGCUAUCUCCAAAGAACUAAGUACCACGUGGAUGUUUCCGGUCCAAGUGGCGCGAGCUAUAGCCGCACAGCUUUUGCUAGGGUUGUCCUAUGUUCAUUCGUGUGGCGUGGUGCAUGGCGACAUUCACACGAACAAUGUGCUUUUCAAACACUCAUGCUUUUCUUCGCAGUCCGUGGAGGAGCUUUACCAACGAGUUGGCGAACCGCAGAGAUUGCCAGUAAAGCGCCUUGACGAGCAACCGCCAGGCCCCGAGGUACCGCGAUAUUGCGUGCCCUCCGCAUCCAUUGUUAUCUCCGCCGAGGACGUUACCAAGGCCGACAUAAUUAUCGCAGACUUCGGCGAAGCCUUUUUAUGUGAAACCGGCAGUCGUACCGAUGUGAACCUGCGCACGCCCCUCUUACUCUUGCCUCCCGAGGCCAUCUUCCACGAAGGCGUUAAUCAAGCGGCAGAUGUGUGGACGGCAGCGUGCACUCUGUACGAAAUUCUUGGAGAAAGGCCUCUGUUCGAGGGAUUUAUGGCAGACGAGGAUCUUGUUGUGGCCGAGAUGAUCAGCACCAUAGGUCGUCUUCCUGAGCAUUGGUGGAGUUCCUGGGGCGCACGGCGAGAUUAUUUCCUUGAAGAUGGAUGCUGGGACACAAACACGACCAAGAUGCAUGAGCCGCGCUCUCGGCCUCUGGCCGAGCGAUUAAGGAUCAUGGGCCGCGGUGAUGGCACGACCAGCUCUGAAUUUACCACGCAGGAGUUGGCUGCUAUCGACGAUUUGUUGGGCUCGAUGCUUACGUACGAGCCAACUCGCCGCAUCACAGCAAAGGAUGCUCUGGACAACAGAUGGAUGACGCAGUAUGGCCUACCGGCUAUUGAACAACUUAAUGCAACACCACCAACAGCCUGA